UAUAUCUUUUAUGUUUCUCCUCCAUGCUGUAGUUUCGGUUUAAUGAAUGAAUGAAAAGGAUAAAAGUCUAUGAAACAGAUUUGUCCUGAAUUGAAGUGUAAGGAAAUCAUCAGUCUCAGCUCAGAAGCAAAAGUGAAAGUAACAUCUUGCCGACAAACCACCUCUGAAGCACACACAGUAAAAAGUCGUGAAUUUAGCUUAUCUAUUAAAAUUCUCAUUUUAAUAUUUACAUGAAAGGAAAUGGCGACAGCAGGCCAGAAUUGCAGUGAUCAGACAGAGGCUCAUGAGCAUACAGCUAACCAGAUGUUGAAGCAUCCUCUUCUACAACACUUCACUCUAAUAACUGGAAACACAUUUGGAUGUGAUGUGGGCAUAGAGAUGAAACUUCAGGAACUAAUACCAGGUCUGCAGAAGGUGCAGAAGGUGGAGGAGUGUGAUUUCAUUCUGGUUUUCUGCCCCGUUGUUCCACAAGCUGGGACUGACAUUGAAGCAGCAGUGAUGAAGCUUAGUACCCUACCAGGGAGCAAACCUGCUGUUCUGGUAGUGCUUCAUCUCACAUCUGAUCCAGAGCUUAUUGUACCAGACAGCAGCAGAGCUGUAAAGAGAGAGAAUAUGAUCACAGUCGACUGUCUGUUCCAUGAAGAUCAGGGAUUACUGCAAUGUUCUCGAAACAAUGAAGCACUGUCCAAAGUUAUAAACUGGCUUAAUCCGGAGGUCAUUUUGGCAAGAACACCAAGAAAAAGUCCAACUCAUGAGCACGCAGCUAACCAGAUGUUGAAGCAUCCUCUUCUAAAACACUUCACUCUUACAAGUGGAAACACAUUUGGAUGGGAUGUGGGCAUAGAGAUGAAACUUCAGGAACUAAUACCAGGUCUGCAGAAGGUGCAGAAGUUGGAGGAGUGUGAUUUAAUUCUGGUUUUCUGCCCUGUUGUUCCACAAGCUGGGACUGACAUUAAAGCAGCGGUGAAGAAGCUUAGUACCCUACCAGGUAACAAACCUGCAGUUCUGGUAGUGCUUCAUCUCACAUCUGAUCCAGAGCUUACUGUACCAGACAGCAGCAGAGCUGUAAACAGAGAGAAUAUGAUCACAGUCGACUGUCUGUUCCAUGAAGAUCAGGGAUUACUGCCAUGUUCUCGAAACAAUGAAGCACUGUCCAAAGUUAUAAACUGGCUUAUUCCUGAGGACAUUUUGGAAAGGACACCAAGAAAUAGUCCAACUCAUGAGCAUACAUCUAACCAGAUGUUGAAGCAUCAUCUUCUAAAACACUUCACUCUUACAAGUGGAAACAAAUUAGGGUGUGAUGUGGAUAUAGAGAGAAAACUUCAAUAUCUAAUACCAGGUCUGCAGAAGGUGCAGAAGGUGGAGGAGUGUGAUUUCAUUCUGGUUUUCUGCCCUGUUGUGUCACGAGCUGGAACUGACAUCGAAGCAGCAGUGAGGAAGCUUAGUACCCUACCAGGUAACAAACCUGCAGUUCUGGUAGUGCUUCAUCUCACAUCUGAUCCAGAGCUUACUGUACCAGACAGCAGCAGAGCUGUAAACAGAGAGAAUAUGAUCACAGUCGACUGUCUGUUCCAUGAAGAUCAGGGAUUACUGCCAUGUUCUCGAAACAAUGAAGCACUGUCCAAAGUUAUAAACUGGCUUAUUCCUGAGGACAUUUUGGAAAGGACGCCAAGAAAAAGUCCAACUCAUGAGCAUACAGCCAACCAGAUGUUGAAGCGUCAUCUUCUAAAACACUUCACUCUUACAAGUGGAAACACAUUAGGGUGUGAUGUGGAUAUAGAGAGAAAACUUCAAUAUCUAAUACCAGGUCUGCAGAAGGUGCAGAAGGUGGAGGAGUGUGAUUUCAUUCUGGUUUUCUGCCCUGUUGUGUCACGAGCUGGAACUGACAUCGAAGCAGCAGUGAGGAAGCUUAGUAUCCUACCAGGUAACAAACCUGCAGUUCUGGUAGUGCUUCAUCUCACGUUUGAUCCAGAGCUUACUGUACCAGACAGCAGCAGAGCUGUAAAGAGAGAGAAUAUGAUCACAGUCGACUGUCUGUUCCAUGAAGAUCAGGGAUUACUGCCAUGUUCUCGAAACAAUGAAGCACUGUCCAAAGUUAUAAACUGGCUUAUUCCUGAGGGCAUUUUGAACAAGCCACCAAGAAAACGUCCAUCUCAUGAGCAUACAUCUAACCAGAUGUUGAAGCAUCAUCUUCUAAAACACUUCACUCUUACAAGUGGAAACACAUUAGGAUGUGAUGUGGAUAUAGAGAGAAAACUUCAAAAUCUAAUACCAGGUCUGCAGAAGGUGCAGAAGGUGGAGGAGUGUGAUUUCAUUCUGGUUUUCUGCCCUGUUGUGUCACGAGCUGGAACUGACAUCGAAGCAGCAGUGAGGAAGCUUAGUAUCCUACCAGGUAACAAACCUGCAGUUCUGGUAGUGCUUCAUCUCACAUCUGAUCCAGAGCUUAUUGUACCAGACAGCAGCAGAGCUGUAAACAGAGAGAAUAUGAUCACAGUCGACUGUCUGUUCCAUGAAGAUCAGGGAUUACUGCCAUGUUCUCGAAACAAUGAAGCACUGUCCAAAGUUAUAAACUGGCUUAUUCCUGAGGACAUUUUGGAAAGGACGCCAAGAAAAAGUCCAACUCAUGAGCAUACAGCUAACCAGAUGUUGAAGCAUCAUCUUCUAAAACACUUCACUCUUACAAGUGGAAACACAUUAGGAUGUGAUGUGGAUAUAGAGAGAAAACUUCAAAAUCUAAUACCAGGUCUGCAGAAGGUGCAGAAGGUGGAGGAGUGUGAUUUCAUUCUGGUUUUCUGCCCUGUUGUGUCACGAGCUGGAACUGACAUCGAAGCAGCAGUGAGGAAGCUUAGUACCCUACCAGGUAACAAACCUGCAGUUCUGGUAGUGCUUCAUCUCACGUUUGAUCCAGAGCUUACUGUACCAGACAGCAGCAGAGCUGUAAAGAGAGAGAAUAUGAUCACAGUCGACUGUCUGUUCCAUGAAGAUCAGGGAUUACUGCCAUGUUCUCGAAACAAUGAAGCACUGUCCAAAGUUAUAAACUGGCUUAUUCCUGAGGACAUUUUGGAAAGGACACCAAGAAAUAGUCCAACUCAUGAGCAUACAGCCAACCAGAUGUUGAAGCAUCAUCUUCUAAAACACUUCACUCUUACAAGUGGAAACACAUUAGGAUGUGAUGUGGAUAUAGAGAGAAAACUUCAAAAUCUAAUACCAGGUCUGCAGAAGGUGCAGAAGGUGGAGGAGUGUGAUUUCAUUCUGGUUUUCUGCCCUGUUGUGUCACGAGCUGGAACUGACAUCGAAGCAGCAGUGAGGAAGCUUAGUAUCCUACCAGGUAACAAACCUGCAGUUCUGGUAGUGCUUCAUCUCACGUUUGAUCCAGAGCUUACUGUACCAGACAGCAGCAGAGCUGUAAACAGAGAGAAUAUGAUCACAGUCGACUGUCUGUUCCAUGAAGAUCAGGGAUUACUGCCAUGUUCUCGAAACAAUGAAGCACUGUCCAAAGUUAUAAACUGGCUUAAUCCUGAGGGCAUUUUGAACAAGCCACCAAGAAAACGUCCAUCUCAUGAGCAUACAGCUAACCAGAUGUUGAAGCGUCAUCUUCUAAAACACUUCACUCUUACAAGUGGAAACACAUUAGGGUGUGAUGUGGAUAUAGAGAGAAAACUUCAAUAUCUAAUACCAGGUCUGCAGAAGGUGCAGAAGUUGGAGGAGUGUGAUUUCAUUCUGGUUUUCUGCCCUGUUGUUUCACGAGCUGGAAUUGACAUCGAAGCAGCAGUCAGGAUGCUUAGUACUCUACCAGGUAACAAACCUGCAGUUCUGGUAGUGCUUCAUCACACGUUUGAUCCAGAGCUUAUUGUACCAGACAGCAGCAGAGCUGUAAAGAGAGAGAAUAUGAUCACAGUCGACUGUCUGUUCCAUGAAGAUCAGGGAUUACUGCAGUGCAGGAAGAAUAAUGAGGUCUUUACUCUAGUUUCACAAUGGAUUGAAACUCAGAUAUUACCAAAGACAAAGAAAGGGAUUAUGUCAAAUGUUGAUGAAAAUCCCAAAAAGAAUGACCAAACUAACAAAUUCAGUUUUAAUUCAUUUAAACUAAGUUCUAAUCACCUGGGAUUCAGGAGCAUUAUACCAAAAGCGUGGUCUCCAGUGGGCUGGAUCGGUUCAAAGAACUUGACAUAUAGAAAAAAGAAAACAUGAAUGAUGAAACCAGAGAAGACCACAUCCUGCCUGGACCAUCUGCCAGACCCUGAAGGAUCUCUGAUUCUUCUCAAGAUCUUUUUUUUGGAGUAGCACUGACCAACCCACUAUUACACACAUAGUUUUAAUGAAUCACCAGUACAAUAAGAAAAUAUAAACAUAAAAUGUAACUUUUAACUGCCUGCAUUCUGACUAAUGUUCUUAUUACUGCUGAGUAUUAGGACUUUCUCCAUGCCUAGUGUUUAUUUGUGGUUCUCGCUAUUCUUCCUACAACUAUCUUGCAUCCUGUUUUUGAUAAGUGGACACUGUAAUGGACUUUAUGAUAAAUUCAAUGGAUAAAUGAAAUAAGGAUUAAUUAUAAUAAGCAGUAUAUUAUUAUUAUUUAAUAAAAUCAUAUGUAUUAUGUAAUAAUAAAUAUGUAAGGAAUAAAUCACUAUGGGGGCAUGUUGCUAUAUUAAUGACAGGUUGUAUGUUGCAGCAUGACGGGAAGUGGAGUUACGGUUAUCACUCCAAAGUUGAUUAUUUACCUAUAACAGCACAUCUGGAAGUGUUUUCUUUCUCCUAUACCACAGCAACUGGCCAUCACUGACCAUUUUUUAUUAGUUAAAUACUGACACAUCAUAAUUUGUAUCCACUUAUAGUGUGAAAAAAAACAACAACAUUAAAUCUUCAUGUUAUCACUUAUAUUGAAGCAGUUCUAUAACAGCUAUAAAAAGUCAU